AGUUUGACAUUUAGCGUGGUAAUAAAGUAGUUUUUCAAUUUACUCGACGGACACGUUCUCCAGCGGCUGGCCACAUUAUCAGUCUCCUUUUCAGCAAGUUAAAAUGUGGGUGCCCAGCACGCCUGUGGCCUUGAUCAGCGCCGUGGCCGCCACUGCCGGCGCGGUCUGCAUAUUUAAGGACAUGUAUGGAGGCCCACCGUUUGACAAGGAAGUGCAAGCCGAUAACAAGACGGUGAUAGUGACUGGCGCCACCAGUGGCAUCGGCAGGGAGGCCGCUUGGGACUUCGCGCGCAGGGGAGCUAAGGUGUUCAUGGCGUGCCGCAACAUGGAGAAGUGCGAGACGGAGCGGCGCGACAUCGUGCUGGAGACGCGCAACAAGUAUGUGUACUGCCGACCCUGCGACCUCGCCAGCACGCAGUCCAUCGCCGAGUUCGUACACAGGUUCAAGCAAGAGGAGCCGCAUGUGCACGUGCUGGUCAACAACGCUGCGGUGAUGGAACCGCCGCAGGGAGUCACCAAGGACGGGUUCGAGACCCAACUGGGUGUCAACCAUCUAGGACACUUUCUGCUCACCAACCUGCUGCUUGACACUCUCAAGUCGUCAGCGCCGAGCCGCGUGGUGGUGGUGUCCUGCGCGGCUCACCGGCGCGGCCGCGUGCACCAGCAGGACCUCAACCUCAGCCAGAAGUACGACGCGGCCACCGCCUACAGCCAGAGCAAGCUCGCCAACGUGCUGUUCGCGACGGAACUCUCGCGUCGGCUACUCGGUAGCGGUGUAAGCGUGGCGGUGGUAGACCCCGGUCUAACGGACACGAACAUCACCCGGCACAUGUCGAUGAUGAAGAGCUUCACCCGGUUCUUCAUCUAUCCGCUGUUCUGGCCGGUGAUGAAGAAUGCCAAGACCGGCGCGCAGGUCAUCGUCCAUGCGGCACUGGAUCCGAAGCUUGAUAACUGCGCCGGGGACUAUUUUGUAGAUAUGAAGAAAGUGGAGCCGUCCAAAGAAGCGUAUAAUUUCGAGCUGGCGCAGUGGUUGUGGCAUGUGAGCGAAAAGUGGACGCGCCUCGCGGAACACAAGGCCGUACACAACGUGAAGACGGCUUGAACAUAACUCACAUUCAGCGUAGGAGUGGUUGUUAGGGGAGGUCAAUCGUUUUUUGACUACGUGCCUUUGUGGUUGGCAAACUGAUUUCGCUCGUGCUUAUAUAAGUGUUAAAAUUAUUGUUAAUUAUAAUGCAUUUGUUAGUUUUAGUUGUUAAUAAAAUGUCAGACGAUCUA